UCUCUACAUUCACACAUCGCCAUUUCACCAGGGAAAGAACGGGAUGGCGUCGUCGUUGUUCUCGCUCAUGUCCGCGGUCAAGGACUCGUCGUCGAAGGCAUUGGCCACACUUAGCGCGGAUCUGAAGGAGUUCUCCACGACAGUCCAAGGGGAUGUUGCGGUAGCCGCCAAAGAAGUCAAGAAAAAAGUGGAAGCUACAUUGGCUGAACGAUCCGAGCAAGCUGCCAGAAAAGACGACGAGGACGUUCUCCAAGAAGCCGACGAAACCACAGCCACAACAACGUCGACAACCGCGUCGGUGAAAGCGACGAUCUUUGCCUUUGGAUCACGCCUCGAGUCUGUUGGGACUACAUUCCUUCACAGCGCCGAUGAAUUUCUUGGAGGAUGGACUGCCGACCAGCACGAGCACGCACCCCCCCUCGAAGAGCUGUCCAGCGGCCGUCGAUUCCGCUUGCUGGCGCUACAGGAAGCCACCGACACUUAUGUGGACGUCCCAGUGGACUUGGAGACAUUCCAGGCAUGGAAGGGGGCCUUGUCCGCAGACGACUUCGAGUUGCUCCAGUCUGAAGUCUUGGAGCACUACCCGAUCGUGAAGGACAAGUUUGACGUGUUAGUGCCUGGAACGGUGGACGCCGGUGCAUUUUGGAGCCAUUACUUGUACAAAGCGUCGCUGUUAGCUGCACAAGAACAGCGAGGCGCGCUGCUGCUUGAAAAAGUGGAUGGCAACGACGACGAUGACGAGAUGGCAUGGGACGUGGAGUCGCCAACCCACGACGCUACAGCCGCGACGGCGGAUGCUGGUCGAUUUGACUCGGCCUUGGAUGAUGCUGAAGAGAAGAAAGGGGAGGCUGCGACUUGUGCCGGCGCAAAUGCGAGCACGGAAGUCUCCGAACGACCACAGACCCCAGACGAAGGAUGGGUCGACGUGCCCACGAAGACCGAGGCUGGCACUGCCGCAUCACUGGAAGCGAAGAUUGUCGCUGUUGCAAUCGAUGACGAGGAUGUCGUCGAUUGGGGCGAUGACGACGAUGACGACGCCCCCGCGGCGGCACCGGAAGGGAAGAUGGCACCUGCCACGGACGAGUGGGGGCAGUGGGAGUAACCCCAGCUCGCUGUUUUACGUUGAAUAUAUUAGCAUGGCCGCAUUAACACCACUUUGGAGAUGCCUUGGACGGAGUGCGGAGCUUUUUCCAGCUCGAUCGCAGUCCACUGAGUGCUUUCUUGCACGCUUCGACGUGGUCGGGAUGGUCCAUGGCGACAUACGACGCGGGUGGAGCGCACACGCCCUGGAAGUGUGUGAGGAAGCGACCGAGAUGGGGGACGACAGCGUACCUGGUGCGAUUCAAAACAGUGCUUGUACCCGCCAUCAAUCACGUACAACUCGGGGUAAUGUAGUGUCGGGUACUUGUCGGCGUGGAGACGGCGGUCCAGGUUUCGAAUGUGCCGUGCCCUAUCCAAGGUUGUCAUGGAGGGGGGUGGAGGAGAGAAGCGAUACAUCUUUGGAGCGCGCUGGGCAGAGUAUUCGCAGAACAAGAUGAGCGCCGUUCGUUUGCUCGUGAGGUACGCUUUGGGGUGGAAGAACUCGGCUUCGACGUCCUGUGGCAACAUGAGAGAUUUGGCGCCUUGCAAGGUGCCGCCGACAAAUUCGUGGUCAAACCGGCAAUCGAUAAAGUGGAAACCAUGCAGGACGUCGUUGAAUGACCCGUCGAGAAGCAUCUGGACGGUGGCUGGAGAGAUCACGUUCAAGUCGGGGAGUUUGCUUGACUUGAUCAACGGGAGAAGCGGGACGUAAACUUCCAGCGUUGGCAUCGGACCGGGGCACGAGUGGCUGCGAUGCUCCAAAUUCGUUGGAACAAGUGAUGGCGGUAGUUCAUUCCAUUCACAUGAUUCGUCCCGAUCAAACAACUUUCCUUUGGAAGUUAUCGGCCUCGGAGGUGAUCGCUCCGACUCGGUCGUCGCGGAUCGGGAUCGUUUGCCGCCCUCAUCCGGGGAGAACAAAAGUGCUCGUUUGCUGGACUUGUUCAGGAAACGUCGCCGAUGCAAAGGUCCGCGGCUUGUCAUGUCGGACUGUGUCCUUGACAGGACAGGUGCCAUAGGUCCAAUGCCCGCCACUUGCGGCGUGCACACAGAGUCGCCGUCGUCGGCCAUCUCGCCGUUGCUUCAAUGAUCCUCCCCCUGCCUGCGGUGGAU